AUGCAAGUUCAAAGUAGGGCGCGCAUUUAUGCAGAUGUGAAUUUUAAUAAGCAGCGGGAGUACUGGGAUUAUGAAAACUACACAAUCAACUGGGGCGACCAGGAUGACUACCAAAUUGUGCGCAAGCUCGGACGUGGAAAGUACAGUGAAGUCUUUCAGGGCAUAAACAUCACAAAUAACACUAAUUGUGUUAUCAAAGUGCUCAAACCCGUGAAAAAGAAGAAGAUUAGACGUGAAAUCAAGAUCCUUGAGAAUCUUAGAGGCGCGGAAAACAUUAUCAACUUACUUGCAGUUGUCAAGGAUCCUGUGUCCAGAACCCCCGCUCUUAUUUUUGAAUACGUGGACAACAAGGAUUUUAAAGACUUGUAUCAAAACCUGACAGACUACGACAUCCGCUACUACAUGUUCGAGUUGCUUCGUGCCCUCGACGCCUGCCACAGCAUGGGGAUAAUGCACCGCGACGUCAAGCCACACAACGUCAUGAUUGACCAUCCCAUGCGCAAACUCCGUCUCAUCGACUGGGGCCUCGCCGAGUUCUACCACCCCGGACAGGAGUACAACGUUCGCGUUGCUUCUCGAUACUUCAAGGGACCCGAACUGCUUCUUGACUACCAGACCUACGACUAUUCUCUCGACUUGUGGUCGUUGGGCUGCAUGCUUGCAAGUAUGAUAUUUAAGAAAGAGCCAUUUUUCCACGGUCACGAUAACUACGAUCAAUUGGUGCGUAUUGCGAAGGUGUUGGGGACCGCCGAAUUGUUCGACUACAUUCGCAAGUACAACAUCGAGCUGGAUCCUCGUUUCAACGACAUUCUUGGCAGGCAUGGCCGCAAACGCUGGGAUCGCUUCAUUACCACCGACUGUCAGCAUCUGGCAACGCCUGAUGCCAUUGACCUGCUCGACAAACUCCUUAGAUACGAUCACCAAGACCGUCUGACAGCCAAGGAGGCCAUGGAGCACGAGUACUUCGCCAACAUUAGGAAGGCUCGUGCCGAAAGUGCUGCCUCGGCUGCGGCAAGUAAUGGCAAAAAAGAUGUACUCAACAACAUCGGCGAGACCAAUUCGAAGGAUGACCAGAACUAG